UGCGACUUUCCGAUCAAACCAUUGCUCCACUUAGUUCCAGUUAGUCAUAAAAACAGCCUCACUUCCUGCAUUUACAAUGAUCAAUCCAUUUUUCUCAGCAAUUCGUUAAACAAUCACAAUGGCACGCAUUCUCUUCCUCACCACGAUCCCCCCACCGCGGAUCCAGGAACUGCGCCCUGAUUGGUCCAAUGAGAUGCUCCCCGAGUAUCUGCUGCAACAAGGCGCCUCCGUGACAAUCAAACAAUGGACAGACCGCGACAUCAUCCAGACAAUCCAUGAAUCAGACCAUGUGAGCUUUCUCUGGUGCGAGGAUUACAUCAAGCACCCAGACGCCUUUCGCGAUUUUUUGGGUAGGGUCAAAACAUCCCUCGCAGGCAGCGGAAGCAGCCCUUGCAUGAUGAACCACGCCGACUUGGUGGACUGGAACAUGGACAAGAAAUACCUCCUUGAAAUGCAGGAAGCGGGGUUUGACAUUCCCAAGACCGAAAUCGUCGAUGCGGAGCAAUUGUCCGUGUCUGAACUGCAACAGCGUCUGAGGGAUUUCGAGUCGUUCAGUCCGAUUGUUCUCAAGCCCACUGUGUCUGCGUCCUCGAAGAAAACUCGAUGGAUUGAAAACCCGUCCAAUUUGAGUGCAGAUGAUGUGGAAUUCCUAGAAGCCUGUACCAGGGGCUCCCUGCAAAGUUCAUUAAUCAUACAAAAAUUCGAACCAUCCAUCGCAACAGGAGAAUAUUCAUUCAUGUUUAUCGGUGACAAACUCACCCAUGCCGUGCUGAAAGCGCCUAAAAACAACGAAUUCCGAUGUCAGCCAGAAUUCGGCGGAGAGGAAACUCUGGUUGACAUGAGCACGAUCGAGGAGCGGACGUUAUCUAUUGUGUAUGCAAUUUUCAACACCCUCAAGACUCGCUUUGGAACGGGAUCAACGGGAGAGAUGGGGUAUGUUCGAAUCGAUGGGCUGGUAACGGAUGAAUCUGCGUUCAGAUUGAUGGAGAUCGAGGCUAUCGAGCCACAUAUUUAUUUGGAAAUGGAUGGGUUGGAGGAAAUGGCUUCUGUCAUGUUGAGGCCAUCAUGACAUUGCAGAAUACUACAUCAUUUGUCGCCUACCUGAUGCUAUGAUGCUACCUUCGAUAAAUAACAUAAAUAACCUACAGGCCUGAUAGAGGUAGACCGAUCAUAUGUAGCAACCACCUUUGAUUUCACCAGGAUGAUCAACAUCGGUCACCAUCUCUAGUCAGUCUGUUGUAAACGGUUGCUCUUGUUCCAAAUAGCCAAUCGCUCUCGGAUAUAUAGACAAUUCAUCCUUCUUCACGGAAUCCGGUGAGAUUUCUGACAAACUUCUCGAAGCCAACUCUUUGAGAGACCGGACAAUGGCGGCAUUUGGCUCCUCGG